CAUUUACUGUAACCACGCUGUACCAUGCUAGACAUGUUUGAGAUUGGCGUGAGUUUCGUCCAACUGUUUUGUUGACAUAUUGACAUAAAUCAAAUGUAUUAAUCCUCACCAAUUCGGAUUAAUUGUUAUUCUUCUUCUGCCCUGUCAAGAUAAUCUAUUCGUUUAAACUGUCUGAGCUUUAUGUAUAAAUAAUUCAGCAUGAAGAUAAAGCGUCAGAAGCACGCGAAGAAAACCAUCAGUUUUUACAAGUACAACUUUAGCUUUAGGGAACCUUUCCAAAUAAUAAUUGACGGGACGUUUUGUCAUGCGGCGUUAAAGAAUAAGAUUCAAAUCAAAGAGCAAUUGCCAAAGUAUCUGAUGGGAGAAGUUCAGCUCUGCACCACAAACUGCGCACUGAAGGAACUUGAAACCCUUCCGAAAGAGCUUUAUGGAGCGAAACUCAUCUUACAGAGAUUUCAGAUCAGGAGAUGCAAACACACGAAAGAUCCGGUUCCUGCAUCUGAGUGUUUGCUGUCAAUGUUAGGAGAGACAAAUCCACACCACUACUUCAUCGCAACUCAGGAUCAGGAGUUGACGAAGGCGCUGAAGAAGAUCCCAGGGGUUCCUCUGCUCUACAUUAUCGUCAACACAAUGGUGUUGGACAAGCCGUCCGAACAAACGCUGAAGCACGUCGAAGCCGUUCAGCUCGGUGAGAUCGUGAACCCGUCGCAACAGAAGAGCAUCCAGAGUCUGAAAGAGAAGGAAGGCCUCGGGAAAGACGGCGAGGACAAGAGAGGCAAAAAACGCAAGAGGAAAUCCAGCAAUCCCAACCCACUGAGCUGCCUGAAGAAGAAGAAGAGACCCCUGCCUCCGCAGCUCAAGAAGACGGACGGAGAGAAAAAGAAGCGCGUUAGAAACAAGAAGCGCCGGCCCGUUGGAGGAGAGAAAGCAGUCGGAUCCGAUCCCGCUCAUGCUUAGAGUCGAGCAGAGCUUGUGCAAGAGUGUGUUCGUU